AUGGGAGUUGUGUACUCCUCACCACUUGGUGAUGGAUCUCUGGAAUUCACAAAGCAAAAGCCAGCAUGGAGUACAAGAAGCAACAAUGUUGUUGAUGAUGAUGAUCAAGAUGAAGGAGCUCCAUCAAAGGAGAAGAGAAAGAGAUUAAAACGAGAGAGCUGGAUACAUUCAAAUGAGGACCCUGCUAUGCUCAUUAAUAAACUGCUUGGAAAAGUACCAUCGUCCACCUCCAGCAGUAAGACAGCAACAACAAAAACAACAACAGCUGCUGCCGAAGUAGCGGUUGUAGUACCAAAGAAGAAAAAGACAAUUGAAGAAUUAAGGAAAGAGAGAAUGGAACGUGAAGAGAAAGAACGAGCAAGAGCCAAGGCAUUGGUCAAAGAGCGCAAUGCUAAAUCACAGUUGGACACGGACACUUAUGAACAGAUCAAUCAAAUGGCACCAACAGGAUACAACUCAUCAUAUCUCAAAUACAGUGGUGCCAAGGUCAAGAGCAAAGAUUGA